CCGCGCCGUCCGCCGACGUUCAGCGGAGCCUGAGAGGUGACGUUGCACUCUAGCCGGGGGCGGGGAUAGAGCGAGGCGCUGCGGAGCUGAACGGGCCGCUCCCAGCGACUGUGUCCUGCCCUCAGCCGCGGCGGGCGGCCCGGCUGCGGGGCCCGGCGGCGGGAGAUGCGCUCGGCUUAAGCGCCUGCCCCGCGCUCGGUUUCGGCCCCUCCGGGGUGGGAGCGGCGAUGGCGGCGCGGAGCUGGCAGGAGGCGCUGGCCCAGCAGGCCGAGGAGGUGUCGGCCCGGGUGCGGGACGCGCUGUCGGUCGGGCUGGGCCUGCUGCGCACAGAGCUGGGUCUGGAGCUGGGCCUCGAGCCGCAGGGCCUCCCGAGCUGGCUUGUGCUGCUCGCCACGGCUGCCCUGGGGCUGCUGCUGCUGCUGGGGCUGCUCUGGGCCGUGGCUUGCGCAACGGGCUCCCGCAGGAAGCAGCCCCGGAGCCUGCCUGGCCGGGAAGAAGACGACGAGGCGGUAGCUCUGGGCCUGACAGGCGGCGGUGGCGCCCCCAACAAGGCGGCUCCGGCCGCGCUGCUGCUGCUGAAGGCUGAGGAGCAGAAGAAACGGAACAAGAAAAGGCUUGCGGAGAAAGGGGCGGCCAGGCCUAACGGACGGCCUGUUCUUGAAGUGUCUGAGGAUGAAAUAAUUCAGACGGUUCAAAGAGAAAAUCCGAAGCAGCCACUGGAUGCAGACAAGAAAAAUGAGAAGUCAAAAAAGAGUAAGAAGAAAUCAAAGGGAGAUGCUAGAACAGUUCAGGACCUGUCACGUCUCGAUGGAAAAGAAGCCGAUGAAGGAGCUUGGGAAACUAAAAUCAGUAACCGUGAGAAAAGACAGCAGCGUAAGCGUGACAAAAUACUGACUGACGCUGGUCCAAUAGAACCGAAUCUUCCUGGGAUGGAAAAUGCAGUUACAGUAACCACUGAACAACUAAUACCUACACCAUCUUUUCCAGUUGGUCCCAGAAAAAAUAAAGUUUCUUCAGAGCUGAAUGAAAGUCCUACUGUAAAUGGAGGAAAUUGGAAUGAGAAGUCAGUAAAAAUUUCCUCAGAGAUCAGUGCAGGUGAGGAGAAAUGGACAUCUGUUCCAUCAACUACAGCAGGGAAGAGGAAAACUGAGACAUGUGCUUGGGGUCAGGACACUGGAGAUGCUAGUGGAAAUGGAAAAGAUUGGAGUGUAUCCCUUGUGAGCAGGUCCUGGGGAGAGCGUACUUUGUUCCCUACCAUUGCUGCCUGGAAUGUAGAUGGAAGGAUCAAGGCCUCUGAAUCAAAUUCUGCCUCUUUUACUUCCUUAGGACUAAAUCCUGCAAUUUCUGGAUCCAGCAAUGAGCCAGUUACUCAGCCUGGUACUUCUGAUUUUCAGUGGGAUUUAAACCGCAGUCAGCCCCAUGUUGAUGAUGAAUGGUCUGGAUUAAAUGGUCUUUCAUCUGCUGAUCCUAGCUCUGAUUGGAAUGCACCAGCAGAAGAGUGGGGGAACUGGGUAGAUGAAGAAAAGGCUUCUUCUGUUCCACAGCUUGAGGAACCAUUAUCUGAUGUUCAGAAGGCUUCAGAUGAUGAAAGAGAAAAAGCAGAGCCAACUCUCCAGAGCUGUACUAGUGGCAAAUCCAAGAAGAAGAAGAAGAAGAAAAAGAAGCAAGGUGAAGAAGCUAGCUCUCCUGCACAGGAUGCUGAAGACCUGGAUAGAGAGGUUGGAGAGGAAUUCCAGGAGGAUACUGCAAAAGCUCAACCACAACAGGAAAUAGCUUUUUCUUUGAAGACCAUAAGCACUAGUGAACCAGCUGAGCCUGAGGAGACUCCUCCACUUGCUGUUUCUACUGAACCAUCUGUAAUUGUAUCAGAGUGUGAUUCUGACAAGAUCUCUUCCCAAGUGCCACAGAUGCUACAAGAGACAGAUGUUUCCAGUCCUAAUAUUAAACAAAACAGUGUGCCUCCUCCACAAACCAAGUCUGAAGAUAGCUGGGAGUCCCCAAAACAAGUUAAAAAGAAGAAAAAAGCAAGAAGGGAAACGUGAAUUGCCUGAGAUGGACGUACUUUGGUGAAACGCUGUCAUGAAGAUUAUGCUGUUUAUGCAAUAAUUUGUGAACAUGUACAGAAUUUUAUAUAUUUCAACUGAUUUUUAAAACAGAACUGCUGUGAACACAACCAUCUUUAAAAAGGAAUCAAAGGAAAUUGUGAUAGAGCAGCAGAAAGUGCUACAGUGCUGGAAGAUGCUUUGAAGAGUCGUUUUUUUUUCCACUGUAAGGGAAAGAUCUUAAAAUUAAAAAAAAUCCCUGGUUUUACAACACAGUACCCUGUUUACAACAGAUUAUGCCCUAUCUCAUCUGCAGCUGGGAAUAAAGUCUUGGUUGUUUUUUUAAGAAAGGGUUGUCUGUAAAAUAGUUGUCUAUAAAAUAGGUGGUGUUUCUUGCAUCUCUUUUGAGUGAUGCAUAAGAAACUGAGAUGUCUACCAUUUGAUUUUGCUUCAUGCCUAAAUAAGUGCUUUGAUUAAAUACAUAAUCUGCCAUAUUUUUACAAUAUGCUGGUUAGCCAAGCAUGCUAGCCAUUAAAGGAAUCACAAGUGCAAAUAAAAUCAUUAAAUAAAAAUCCAUUUGUACAGUUCAACCUUCAUGGUUUAUUAUAAAAAGUUAAACAAAAUAAAAAUUGGUGGGCUAAAAGGCUGAGAAUGUGAUUGCUGAAACUUGAGUAUGGUUCAUGAAGUUAUUUUUGAUAUCCUCUAUUGCAUUACUUGAAUUGUUCAAAGUAACAGUAUAUUUUAAUUAAGAAUGUGGCGAUGUGCAUAAAAUCAGUUCUAUUGUUUUCUACUUGAUCCUUUAUUUUUUUUUUCAGUUGGUGAGUUCAGACUCAUUUAAAAUCAUCCCUGAUCAUUUUUAAACUCUUAAAAUAAAAUUCAUAUUUCCCUUUCCCCUUAUUAUUUACCUUUCCCUUUGUUGUUUUUUUUUAAAGCAAGAUCAGCUGUUUUCAUUCACUAACUGUACAGGAUUUUAAGGAUUUGGUGGAGAAUGAAAGAAUGGCUUCAGACAGCUUUAAUUGACAUUGUCAAGACCACCAGUUAUCAGGAAUGCAUUUUUUUUUUUUUACUGCCUUAACCUGUAGUAUGUAGAAUAUGCAUCUAGACUUCUUGAAGAGGAUUAGUGUGUUUAUAAGAAAUUCCAUGCAAGUGUAGCAGUUGUAAAAUAAAGAAUAUUUCCCACUUGAAACUGUUGAUUAAAGUGGUGUUUGAGAAUUGUCAUUAUGUUCAGGCACUGUGUAAUUGCAUCGUAUGAAACUGGCAGGUUUCUUUGUAUCUCUAAAUGUACACUGUAAAUAGCCUUUCCAAACUUGUUUCAUAAGGACCAUAAUUAACAUCACUUACUGAAUUCUGGUAAAGAGCCAUGAUUUAUUUCAUGUGAUUGACUUUGUUGGUUUUUGUGUGGCAAAGAAAUGAAGCUGUAACCAAUGGUACUGAUCAGCCAUCCACUAUUAUCUUAUACAGGACUGCAGUUUGAUAGUAUUUACUUGCAAGACAAGAAUAGUUAAAGAAACAAGCUGAUUUUAAUUGUACUGAAGACAUGCCUUACUAAUUGACAGCUUUCCUAAUAAAUGAAUACUAACUUAUACUGGUAUCGAUACCUAUGUCAAGAACAUGGCAAAUGUGUUUAUAUAUUCAAAAGUUUUGUUUAAUUCAAUGACAUUUCUAAGUUUAUUUGUUUAAAAUAAAUUGAGCAAAUUGAUAAUAUUGUUUUAUUUACUGGAAGGGAGUAAUGCUUAAGCCUUGAUGCCUAUCCAGGAUUCCAUGUAAACUGAACUGAAAUACAGUUUUCCACAGGGAUUUUUAAAAAGGGAAUGUUAAAAAUGAAAUCAUGUAAAGUGCUAUUGCUUGUAAAUAACAUUUCCAUUUUGCUUGCGUUUUUUUGUAAGUGUGACAAAUACUUUACCUGUUUUAAAUUUAGGUUUAUAGUGAAUGUCCAGAAUUGUUUUUGCAUGGUUCCCAGUCUCUACACUUGGCUAGAAAUGGCAUUCUGAGGAGGAGUUUGAGGACCUAAAGUAAUGAUGUUUCCCAAAAAAGCUUUAAAAAUUGGAUGACUUAAGUGUUAUAUUUUUUCAUCUCUCUUGACAGAGGGAGUUGACUGCUUAGGUUUGCCAAAUAAGUCCUUGAAUCACUUGACAUCUUAAUACUAGUUGCAAAUAAAGCAGACUUGCUGCUAAACGAACUUGUGUUCCUAAUUUACGCACAUUAAUUUUCUUCAGCCCAGUCUUCCCUUCAGAAUGCUGUCCACUUAGCAGCAUUCCCAGUCAUUUUUUCACUAGGAAGUAUAUGGAUUGAUUGUCUUGGAAAAUUGGACACUAAUCUUAUUUGACAAAAAUGGCCCCAAAGGAAGAUGAAACUUGUCUAUGAAUGGAGUUUUAAAAAUAUCUACGUAUUGCUUUUCUUUUACCCAAGUAACGGGUAGUCUUAAUAAUAAACUGUACACCUGGAGCAGAGAGAGAGAACAAUACAGUUUAAAGAAAUUAAGAUGCUCA